AUGGCAGCCACACCUUCGUUGGCGGGUGCCUCUGAGAAGGUGGCGCUGCCUGCAGCAGCAGCAGCAGAAGCAGCAGCAGCAGCAGCAGCAGGGAGAGCAACUCCAGCAGCAGCAGCGCACCACUGCGGGUCACUUACUCCGGACUGCAGCAGCGGUAGCAGCAGCAGCAGCAGCAGCAGCAGCAGCAGCAGCAGCAGCGACUGCCACCUUCUCAGCCGCAGCAGCAAAUCUGCCUGCGGCUCUGUGGGAGUUUUGCGGCACAGCAAUUCCGCCUUUGUCAGGCCCCAGAGUGAAGCCACCCCAACUCUGGUGGCACACAGUGCCGCAGUGCUCUUUACAGAUGUGCUGGAUAGCCGCAGGCAGCAGCAGCAGCAGCAGCAGCAGCAGCAGCAGCAGCAGCAAGGGGGGCCUGCAGCAGCAGCUAACGAAGUUAGGCACCGCGGCAGCAUAUGA